GGCAACCCUAAACCCUUUCCAUCAUUCUCUCUCUCACGUGCUCCACCUUCUCCUCCUUCCUCUCGCCGGCUGCUCCUCCCUUUUAGUAGCUCUGUUCUGUCUUCCGACAGUGCCGCCGCAGCCUCCCUCCUAGCGGAUUUUCUCUGAUUUUCUACUCUCUUCUUGUUGCUGCUAUUCUCCCAGUCUUCAUGUGCGUCUUUUUUCUCGAUUGAACUAUUCGGAUUAAGACAGUGAGAUGGAUAGACGGACGAAGAAGCGCGACAAAAGGCUUCGCGAGAGUAACACCGAACCUGCCGUUGCAAAGGGCAGUAUCGCCACUGAAGUUGACGAAGAAAAGAAGCGGAAAAGGUCAUCGAAGAGGAGACUUCAACAAACGUCUUCCGAUGAGACCGAUCAACUCAAUGUUAAGGCAGUAAAUGCUUUAGAAGCACGUAACGGCAUAAGUGUAGUCAAGGAAGAUUCGGAUCAAUUUGAUGUGGAGGGAGAAGAUGCUGAAAAGCCCAGGAAAACUGAUGAAGUAAAGAAAGAAAGGAAAAAUAAAAAGAACCGCAAAUCCUCAAACAAUUGUGAAAACUCAUUAGAUAAUGGAAGAGCUACGCAGCCGGAAGCUUAUCGGCCCCUGGAGGACAGUGGUGCAUUCUUGAAAGGCAAGGCCAAAAAAUCUUCCAAAAAGAAAAGAAAUGAUUCAAGUUCUCUGGAUCCCAAGAAGUCGAUAGAAUCAAGUGAUGAUGUUAAUGAAAAUGAUGUCUAUCAAGUUUCUGUUGGAGAUGAAGACACUUCAAAAGGGAUGAAAAAAUGGAUCAAAGAAUAUUAUGAAAGUAGACCGGGAUUGAAGGUACUGCAACAACGUAUAGAUGAUUAUAUAACUGCACAUGAGGCACGCCUAGAACAGGAAAAGGAAGAAAGGGAGGCUCAAGCAGCUGAAGGGGGAUGGACAGUUGUUGUACAUCAGAAAGGGAGAAAAAAGACCACGGAUGCUGAAAGUGGGGUUACUGUGGGUUCGGUAGCGCAAAAUGCUGUAGAGGAUAAAAUUUCCAAAAAGAAGCGGAAAGAAGUUGGGCUGGAUUUCUAUCGGUUCCAAAGAAGAGAAGCACAGAGGAAUGAGAUUCUGAUGUUACAAAGUAAAUUUGAGCAAGACAAGAAACGGAUACAGCAAUUGAGAGCUGCUAGAAAAUUCCGCCCUUAUUGAAGUUUUUGACCUACAACCACAAGGGCAUGGCGGCUGGAGACUAGAUUUUUUUCUUUUUUCCUUUUUUCCUUUUUUCCCUUCUUACCUCAUAUUUGUCAAUUCAAUUAUAAACCAUGGCGAAUGAUUUCAGGUGGCUAGGNU